UCAAACAACGCAAACAAAAUGGUGAUAGCAACCACGCUUCGCAGCAUCAGCACGAGCAGCACCAGCAGUACAAGCAGCAACACGAGCAGCAGCAGCAUUGAUGAUAGCAGCAACCUCGACGUUAAGCUAGCGAAUAUGUUCAUCGACUCGCCGGCGGCCAUGGAAGCGACGGGUUUAACCGUCCGGCGGGCAUUGAUCGCGGCCAACCUCGAGCACCGGGCCGUCGUCGGAUUGUCCGAAUCGAUAAACGCCCUCUCGAAGACGCCGGAAGAUUUUCUGUUCUGUUUUUUGGCCGCCUCCGGCAAUGCCGCCAACCACAUGCAUCAGGUGCUGUUGGAGGCGUUUUGCUUCGAGCACGACAUUUACAUAAUUAAGGUUGAUAGCGCGGAAAAGUUAAGCCGCAUCCUUGGCACGCAUCGGCUCGAGUCGUGUGUCCUUGUGCAGAAGUGCUGGACGGAGGGUCGCAGUACGGAAAUUAGCACCACGGCGGAAGACCAGCUCGUCGACUACUGCGAGGAACACUGGGAGGCUCCCGUCAAGCCAAUCGUUAAGCUGCCGGAAAAGUAACACCUUCACCGGCAUCAGACCACCACGUGGUGUGAUGUGAAAGCUUAUACAAGAGAAAUCAAAAAAGAAGAGAAAUCUACCCCCAACUCCGAGGCAAAGCCAAGGCCCUAGGCGGAUGUCAUGGACAACCCUCUGGAAUCGGCAUGUGACUCGAAGGAGAUCUCCCUGCGGUAGGAAUGGACUCGCUUGUUUUGUGGGUCAGCAUUCCGAAGCAGUUUUUGUGAGGGGUUAAGGAUAACGAUCGAGAAAUAACAACCCGAAGUGUUGGUUUCCGAACCAUUUCGUGCGCGGUUAGUGAUCGUUUCCGGGCAUCCCAAAAAGAGACAAAGCUUUGUGAGAGAUGAAUAGUGAAGAGUGAAGUAAAACAAACAUUGAAUCACAGUGUAAUGGACGUGGUGUAAAAAUGAAGACGUUGUACGAUUGUGUCGCAGUCACGGAAAGUGAAAAUGUCGUUAAAGAAAUUCAGUGACUAAGCGUUAAAAUGCAUCACAAAAAAAGCUAUAAGGAGCAAUUACUUCCACUGUGCUUAAUAAAAUUAGCAUAAGCUGAGGAGAUUAGCAUUGUUAU